AUGAACGAAACGCAACCGCCACUAGCUAACCAUGAUAGUGCGAUUCUAGAUCUGGCAUUCGCAAUGGAUUGUACGGGAAGUAUGACACAAUAUAUCGACAAUGCUCAAAGAAAUAUACGAAACAUUGUCGAAACUAUUGUGUCUGCCGAAAAGAGUGACAUUCGUUUAGCUUUGGUUGAGUACCGAGAUCAUCCGCCUCAAGCCAAAACUUUUGUAACCAGGACUCACGACUUUACUCCAUCAGUGAAAACGAUGAAAGGAUGGUUGAAUCUUUGUUAUGCUUCAGGUGGAGGCGAUGCACCGGAAGCAGUAGCUGAUGCCCUAAAGGAGGUGCUCAACUUGUCAUGGAGACACGAAGCUACAAAAAUAUGUGUGCUUAUUUCGGAUGCUCCGCCCCAUGGAUUAGGAGAUCAUGACGACAAAUUUCCCAACGGAUGUCCCGAAGGGAUCGAUCCUAUGCAAGUUGUCAGAGACAUGGCUCAACAUUGCAUUACAUUAUAUACCGUCGGAUGUGAGCCAGCAAUUAAACCAUAUAAAGAAUUCUUUUCGGCCAUAGCGUUUAUGACGGGUGGACAAUAUGUGCCGUUAGCUGGUGCUAAAGCUUUAACGCAAGUUAUUAUCGGUGGGGCACAGGAGGAGAUUUCUCUCGAAAAGUGGAUGGCGGAUGUUGACGAAGAAGUCCAAAAAGAG